AUGGAAGGAUUUGAGAUAAGAUUGACAAGCAGCAAGAAGGGUAAAGGACUCUUUGCAACCCAGAAAUUUGAUCAGGGUGAUGUUAUUUUAGAAGAGGAUCCUUUAGUGUCGUGUCAGUUUGCUUGGAAUGCGGCCUACAGAUAUUUAGCAUGUGACUACUGUAUGAAACCACUAGAAACUCCAGAACAGAAUGUAAGGCGACUAUCAUGCAAACCAGACAUAGUUCUGCCACAUUCUGAUAGAUUUGAACUGAACCUUGAAAGCAUAACAAGCUGUGACCAAUGUGGCGCCCUCUACUGUUCCGAGGGAUGCAGACAGAAAGCUUAUGUGACAUAUCAUAGAAUAUUGUGUCACAAUCCGAGUGAUGCACAACAUCCUAUUGUUGUUCUCAUGGAGACAUGGAAACAAAUGCACUACCCACCAGAAACAACAAGUAUAAUGUUGCUCGUAAGAAUACUGGCCUACAUACAACAGAGUUCAGAUCCAUCUGCGGCUAGAGCCAAAGUGAAGCAGUUCUGUCACCGCACUGAGAACGAGGACGCUGAGUUAGUACACAAGUUGUUAGGAGAACAGUUCACGCAUCAGAUGAAUACAUUGCGAGAGUUGACCUCUCAUGUUGUUAGCGGAGAUGAAGUUCAGGAGUUUUUAACACCAGAAGGAUUUUGCACCCUAAUGGCGUUGGUGGGCACAAAUGGACAAGGCAUUGGUACCAGUCCCCUGGCUAUGUGGGUCAAUUCUGUGUUGGAGGUAACAAUGUCUGAUGAUGAGCGGCAACAACUGGAUCUGUUCAUUGAUAAACUCUAUCAAUAUGUGGAAGAAGAAUCAGGCUCGUUCCUCAAUACGGAAGGUUCCGGACUCUUCCAGUUACAAAGUUCAUGCAACCACAGUUGUGCUCCUAAUGCCGAGUCAACAUUCCCCUAUGGCAACCAUAGAGUGCAGCUUAAAGCAUUAAAACCUAUAAUGCCAGGUGAAGAGAUCUGUAUCAGUUAUUUGGAUGAGUGCACCCUGCAAAGAUCACGACAUUCACGGCAAAAGGAACUGGCCCAGAACUACCUAUUUGUGUGCUGGUGUGAGCGGUGCAGCUCUCAAGCGUCGGAGCCAGACUGCACCAGCGAGGAGGAGAUGAGCGAUGAAGACAUCGAUGCAGAUGACUGA